AUGUCACAUGCGCUAGCCAUCUCGCGGCUGGUCGCUGCGGCCCGCUCCAUGGAAGAGGGCAUCCCUAUCCGCACCCGCAAGUGGCACCUGAGGACGUACCGUGCUUGCUUUGUCGGCUCCGAGGCUGUCGACUGGCUGGUGGCUACCCAAGUGCUCGACGGCGCCACGUCGGCCAAGCAGCGCCGUGCGGCUGCUGUCCGCAUGGCCGAGGACAUGCUCCGUCUUGGCCUCAUUCGCCAUGUCGAGUCGAAGCACGGCUUUCGCGACGACAAGCUCUUCUACGUCUUUGUCAACUGCGGCAUGCUCGAGCUCGAGGUUCUCGCCUGCCGGGACCUCGCCGCCAACCGCAAGUCCGACAUCAACCCGUUUGUCAUUGUCCGCCACAUCACUGCCUCAGGCUCGCCCGCUACAGGCGCCACAUCCUCGGCAGCCGCCGCUGCCUCGUCCUCGUCGGCUGCUUCGUCGCUCGCCACCACCCCGCGCGGCGCCUCGCCGCUCUCGCCGCGCCGCGACACCGACACCCCGGCCUCAUCGUCCGACUGCGCCUAUGACGACGCUGCUGACGACUUCUACAUCCACACUCCAGCCGACGACGACCUCGUCUUUGAGACCUCGGUCAAGAAAAAGGCUUUUUCGCCCGUCUGGGACGACGCUCGCUACGUCCUGCCCAUCACCGACCCCGACGGUGCCGUCGAGCUAACUGUGUAUGACUCGGAGCGCAUGGGCAUGUCCAAGAACUUCCUGGGUCGUGUCAUCCUGCCCAUCACCGCCAUUCCGCUCGUCACUCCGGCAGAAGCCUCAUCUGCUGCCGUACGGUCGCCCUCGCCGUCGCUCACCGACGCCCAACGCGUCCUUCACAAAACCUAUCCACUCAUCGGUCUCUCCGGCUUCAAGGGCGAGUCCAUCUCUGGAGACAUCGAGAUCCGCGCACGCUGGGUCCGGGUCCCGCCGGCCGCGCCCUCGCUCGCCGCCCGCCAUUCACGCUCGGCUCUUCUUCGUCGAUCGUCGAUGAUGUCGGCGUCGUCAGCCUCCAUCGCCUCAGUCGAUGAAGCCCCCGACCUCGGCCUCCCGGUCGAGACCCAACUCGUGGCACCGCCGCCAAACACUGCAUCGGUGGCCGGGACCCCUAUCUGCGAUCCGGGCUCCGGCUUUGUCCUCGACCCGCCGCUCGCUCCACACGCUUGGCAACUUCCAGACUCGGCCAUCAACGUGGUCAACGACGCCAAGGCCGAGUUGUACUGGUACCGCCGGCUCUUUGCCCCUCUUCCACACCUCAACUUUGGUGCGUGGCACGACGCAUGCGGCGGUGUCGCCAUCGUCUCGGUUCUCAUUGCCGAGACGGCCGACGCCGCACGGCUCGAGUACUUCACCAUUCUCUGGCGCCGUGAGGCUGUCGUCCGCUUCGUCCACGUUGCCGACGCCGCACCCGAGACACCGAUGACGCUCGAGCUUCUGCUCCGCGCCGGUGGCUUUGACGAACUCGCCGAGUGGGCCAAGUACUUCCACCCGCUGCCGUCGAGCGAAGUCCAAGGCCUCGUCUCGCACCUUGUCAACGUCGAGGAUCCCGAAACCGAGCCCAAGUGGAAGGUUGGCGUCCUCCUCGCUCGCCAGGACCAGACCGAAGAGAACGCCAUGUUUGGUAACCAGCACGCCACACCGGCCUUUGAUCAGUUCCUCGACCUGCUCGGCACUCGCGUCCGCCUCAAGGGCUACGACGGCUACGCUGCGCAGCUCGACACCGCCUACGACAAGUCGGGCCUCUACUCGGUUGCCACCACCCUUGGUGACACCGCCGUCAUGUUCCACGUCUCAACCAUGCUCCAGUACGAUGCAACCGACGAGCAGUUUAUCCAGCGCAAGCGCUUCAUUGGCAACGACAUUGUCGUCAUUGUCUUUGUCGACGGCGAUACCACGUUCUGCGUCGACACCCUCACGUCGCAGUACACCAACAUCAUCGCUGUCGUCCAGCCGGCCGACGACGGCUACCGCAUCGCCUUUGCCCGCCAAAAGGGCCUCCGCCCAUUCGACCCGCCCGCUGCUCUGCUCUAUCCGCGCACACCCGCCACCAUCGACAUGCUCCUCACCAAGUGCCACAACGGUGAGUUUGCCACAUACGUCUCACCCGAGUUUGUCAUCCGCGACCGCCGCACCCGCAAGCAGUACCUCGAGCUCGCCGCCGAAUCCCACUUUCCGCACGCCCGCGCCUCAAAGUGCAAGGCCAAGCUCCGCGCCGCCGUCGACUGGGCCACGCCACACGUGGCCGCAGACGACCUCCCGCAGGCAUCGCCGCAGGCCCACACCCUCGCGCCGCUCUUUGCGCCCGCCAACGAGCUCGACCCGCUCCUCGACGAGGUCUUCACCGCCUCGCUCUCGUUUGGCCCGGCAGCCUCGCUCUACGGCUCGCAGUCGGGCGUGUGGAUGCUGCCGCACGCGCUCGUCGCACACGGCUACACCCCACACCGUCUCGCGGACCUCCCGCGGGUCGACCAGAUGGAGCUCCUCUCCUUUGAGGCCUCGCCGGCGCCCAUCACAUCGCCGUCAUGGAGCGAUCUCCACGCUAUGGAUCUGCACAGGGUCCUCAUCCUCACCUCCGGCCCGGCACCGCAGCUCUUCUCGCUCCGCGCCACAGAGAUUGGCUGUAUCCUGACUGAGCUCCGCGACUGGGGCGUCGACCGCAAGGGCCGCGAAGGCCGUGGCUUUUCGUCACUUACCUCGGCCUCGCUCACCCUUGUGCCCUUUACCAAGGGCGCCCACGCAUUUGCCGUCGGCCACAUGGCCACCGGCGAGCCGCUUGUCGCCCUCGCGCUCGGCUCGGUCGUCGACCUCCUCGUCGUCGACCCGCCGCUCGUGGCGGGCGACGACGCCCAGUAUCGCCGCCUAGCCUCACUCCCGCUCCCGGGGCGGGUCGAGUCCCUCCAUCUGACCCGAACUGGCUUGGUCGCCGGCCUCUUCGACAUGCCGCUCACCGCCGUCCACCCCAAGAUUAUGCUCGAGGCCAAGCCAGCGCUGCAGCCCGGAGAGGCCGCCCGCUCAGAGCGCCCCACGCCCAUGGCCGCCUUUUCGCUGCCGGACAGCAUCCUGCUCUGCUUUGAUCACUACGGCGUCGUCAUCCUCUCCGGCUCGCUCGCCAUCGACCACUCGCGCCCGUUUGUGUGGCGCGGCACCCGCUCGCCUUUCACAUUUGUCGAGAUCCGCUCCUUCAUCAACGGCUCCGUCAUCGAGUCGUUCCCGGUCUACACUUCGCCGGAUACCGGCCCGCUCGUCGCCGGCGCCAGCUCGCCACUCGACUGUGUUGUCGCGCCGGCUACCGUUGUCCGCAUCCAGGCUAAUGAGCCGGCUCAUCCGUUCGAAGUUCCCGAGGGCAUGGACAAGUCGACCGGCCGCCGCAUCACCCUCUCCAAGGAAGAGGCCGAGGCCGCCAUCGACGCCUUUCUCUCCGCCGCCGGCGACACAUCCGACGCCUCGCCCCAGGCCAACGCGCUCGCCUCGCCAACUCAGGUCAAGAAGCGACGCCCGCGCCGCUCGCUCGUCCAAUCACUCGCUUCCAAAAAGAUAGCGGCCUCGUCGAGAGCGCAGCGCUCCAACGCCCGCGCAGAUGCCCGCGUCGCCACCUCGACACGCUCCCGCCCGCGGCCCAAUGCUCCGCCAGCAGUCACCGCUUACUACGCCGGCGCAGACUCGGACUCGUCGUCCCUCGGCGCCGACGAUACCGAUGACUACUAAACCGCUUAGCAGAGC